AGAUAAAAUAAUUCUACAGUCAAAUUAUUAUUAGUGAAUAUAUUUGCAAUCCUAUGAGCACAUGGUACGGUCACAUACCACCAAACUAAACCAAACAAAACAAAUACCACAUGCUCCCUCUAUUUCAAAAAUAUUACCUUAUUUUUUUUAGUCUCUUUUAAAAAAAAAUAAUUUUUUAAUUUUAAUUUUUUAGAUGGUAUAUUUAAAAUCAUAAAAUUAAAAAAUAUUUGAAUAAAUUUAACAUAAUAUUAAUUUAAAAUCACAAAAUUUAUAAAAAAAAACUUAUUUUUUUAAACUCGGUUGGAAAGUUAGAAAAGGAAUUAAUGAGUAUAUAAAUAUACUCUUUUUCUGUUUUCCUCUCAGUAGGAAACUUCCUGGAAAUUCACCAUGUCUUCCUCUUCGUCCACCCAUUUAAUCUCCCCCUCCUUCCUCCCUCCUUCCACUAUCCUCUUCUCUUUCAUUAUUCCUAUUACUUUUCAUUUUUCUAUUUCUACUUUGUACUACUAAUAAUGAAGCAGCUCAUCAAAAACUUCCCUAAAAAACUCUUCAAUUACAGCAAAAGUACUCGUCCAUCCAAAAUCUCUCGAUCUGCAAACACAUCUUUUGGAUCAUCAUCCUCAGAGUUCGAAAAACACACAGGUGCAUCCACGCCAACAAGCGUUUUACCUAAUAAUGGCUUUUCUGACAUAUACCUGGAACUCACCAAUGCAUUUCACAUGAUGGACAAAGACGAGGAUGGUAGAAUAAGUAGAGAAGAGCUCGAAGAGAUAUUCAGUACUCAAGUUGGAUCAAAAAUGAUUAGUAAAGAGGAACUGACGCUGUUGCUCGACGGCGUUGAUGUUGAUGGAGAUGGAUGUAUUAGCUUAGAUGAAUUCAGUGUUGUCGUCUCCGCUUUUGGAGUUCCGGCAUGUGAUGAGGAGAUGCGCGAUACGUUUGAUUUUUUCGACGUCGAUCAUGACGGAAAGAUAACGGCGGAGGAGCUGUUUAACGUGUUUAGUAUGAUUGGAGAUGGAAGGUGUACGUUAGAGGAUUGUAAGCGUAUGAUAAGAGGCGUUGAUAAAAAUGGCGAUGGGUUCGUAUGUUUUGAGGACUUUUGUGUUAUGAUGGAACAACAAACACGUUGAUAAGUAGCCAAUGAUAGUUGAUUUUUCUAAUAUAUAGUAUGUUAUUUAGGUUAAUGUUAUAUUUUUGUCAUUUCUUUUAUUUUGAUGGUCAUGUUCGUUUUGUUACUGAAUUUGGCGAAAUUAAUCCGAGUUGGAUCCGGUCCGCUCUGUAUGAUAAAAGGUGUUUAUAAAAAUGGAGUUGGGUUUGUA